AUGUGGGAAGCCGCAUUGGUCGAGGAGAACAAACGACUCUCAGUGUCAUCACUUGUUUGGCUCCUCGGUCAAAUCGAAAGGCUCGAAAGAUCAAUGAAGACAGUCCUGGAAACCUUCCGGUGUAUCAUCGGCGAGGAUACAGGAUUAAUCCUUGCACAACAUCAUUCGAAAGACGAAGUGCAGUGGGCAGUUAUGUUUGAGGCCAUCACUCGAUCCCUUUUUCCUACCAAGCGGGACUGGGAAGAUCGCGGCUAUACAGUAGAGGAGGAAACCGACUUGAUGACCUUGUUCCAGAUGAUAGCCGUGGUUAAUGAUGGAAUCACACUGAAAGGUGAAGUUUGGGCACUUCUUACCGGCUUCCCUUUCGAUCAAGAAUCCGAACAAUCUACUCCGUUGGGCUUGGCAGUUCGCUUCGCCGCCUGGAGGCACAAAAGACCAUUUCCAAGAGACUCAACUCUGAGUUGGCCCAAAGAGUUGUUCUCUGAUAUCUGCAAGCACCAUCGAAACAAACUUCACUACAUCAUUCAAGUCCUGCUGCAAGAGUUUGGUAUCUUGAUGAAUGAAAACACAGAAAAUGGCGUCCGAGACUUUAUCAUCGACUGCUUGACGAUGCUAUGGGAAACACUUGACCUCGAUGAAGGACGGCCUCUGGCCAAAGAAAUUCGUUCUACAAUGCUAUCGACAACUCUCUCCGUCAUGGGGAUCCCAUUCACUGCAUCCACUUCUCUUCAUGAUCGCAUGACGAUGGUUAUCGACACAUUUGAUACUCAACAAGACACCCAAAGGUACCAACCAUUUGUUCAGGCCCUAGUCCUUCAAAUACUCCUCGACCUUUGUUCGUUCGAUUGCAAGUCUCGUCUCAAACUCUUUCAAAUUCUGCGACAUUCAUCUCUCGCAAAUCUAUGGAAGAGGGAUCUCACUAUCAGGUCCUUUACAAUACCAUCCUCUCGUAUGCAUUUUUGGCCUUACAUAAAGAGAUGGUACCCGACCGAUCGCACGUCCAAACAUCCCUGGGCCAUAGAGCUAGCAGCGGCGGUUAAAAACACCAUUGAUCAUCUUCCUCGUGUGUUAAUAAAAGGAAGUGAUGAAUGGAACAUACUGACGAUAGCGUUGGAGACACUCGCUGUGUGCAUCGGUGCCAAUACGUUCAGCGAGAUCUCAAGCGUGUCAUCCAGCGACCUAUCUCCCGACCGCUGCUUUGAAUGGCUUCUGGAUGUGCUAUCUAAUCUCUCUGCUGGAAUGUAUGAUGAGAGAUUCGGGUUCAUCGUAUCUUCUAUGCUUACAGGGUCAGUCCGAAAUUUACUUCGCGACGCAUUUUAUUGUUCCGAUAGUACCAUAUUAGUAGGUGCAGGCUACUCCUCCCUUACAAGGCGAAAAAUUCUGGUAAACCGAUGUAGUGACCCCUCUCUCAUAUUUGCAGCGUGUGCUCUCUUUGGAUGGAACUACGAACCCUCUCGUCCUAGAGCUGCUGAUGCCGCAUGGGGUACAAGAGCUCUCAAAGGUGCAUUUGCGCAUUGGGAUAAUUACGAACCCCACAUGUUCCUCGAAUGCGAUAAGAAGCUUUUACCGGAGCUCGGGAACCGUGAAGAAGAUAAUGAAUUUUGGGACGAUUAUGUGAUAAGAUUUUUGCAGCGACGAGCACACCCAAUCAAACGUCUCUUUGUCGAAACACAAGGCUCCCGACCAUUCAUGGAGGUGAAGGCGAAUGAGGUGGCCAAAGAGAUAUUCGAUACCUCCAUGGUUACUUUUGGGAAUAUGGUUUCCAGAGACUCUAGUAGGGCUAGUACGAAUAAAAGACUGCGUUUACACGUUGGUAUCCUCAAGGUGGUCACGCAACUGUCUGCGCUUCAUGGUUUCGGGCAAAAUUUCCUCAAGCCCAACAAUCUCAAAUGGUUCAAUAAGCUACAAUGGGAUCCACUAGAAGGAGACAGGGCGAUAAAAGAACUGGGGUUCAGUAGCUAUACGCCAAUAGGUGCCUUGAACUAUUGGCUCCACGUUAUGAUCGAUAGCAAGGCUCUGAAAGGUCACCAAGUCAAGGCGAUUAUCAACUCGGAUAUUCUAAAGACUUCCCAGGAGAGAGGUGCACCGGAUGUUAUCAAAUUUAUCAGCCUUGUGUCGAACCUCGACCCAGAUGUUCGUAAUCAGUUACGUCGUCCUGAACGAGGAAAUCCCACACCAAUCAAUAUCUGCACCAGAAUACUUGGGGAGAUCGUAGAUACACAAGAAGAGAAAAUGAGAUCUAAUUCGACGUAUUGGGAGACUCAAGGAAAAGCCCUCUUUGGUGUACAGAGCUUUCAGGAGUGGAGAGAUGGCGUAGGCUUGUUGAUUGAUAAGCUAAAUCAAUAA